AUGGCCAUCCGUGUCACCUUUGGUGAUGGCUUUGAGCAGCCGGAGGAGGACGCUUGCAGUCACUUCGAGCGACUGCUGCCUGCGACGGCCACGGUGAGGGAGCUGCGCGAGAUUCUCGCCACCUGGGCAGGCUUCGGCACGCACGGGAUCGACUCCUUCGACCUCGCUGCACCCUUCACCUCUGCGACACCCUGGCAAAGCACCUUUGGCCGCUGCAGCCGGCCGCUGCCAACAGCAGAUGGUACCAUGAGCCUCCGAGAGUUAGUUGAGAUCAUGAUCGCAGAUGGUGGAUAUGCCGGGGUGGACAGCUCGAGCCUGGCCGUGUUUGUGCAGUCGCCCAAGUGCCCCGUCUGCGGCGUCAAGGGCAGCACCUUUGGGCGGGCGGCUGGCUGUUUAGCCGCCUACGGCGGACGUGGGAGUUUCGAGGAUGCUGGAGGCAACGUGAUCUACCAGGUUGGUUGGCAGAGCUGGCUGACUCAGCUGACCAGUGAGUUCUUCCAUGUCCUCAUCGAUGUUCGGCUUCAUCGCAGAUUGCAGGAUCUUCGGCCUCUGGAACCCCACGAUCUCAGCGGCCCUGAGCCCCUCAAGCUGAGCUCGCACGAUCUCGCACGGACCCAGUCCCCCGGGUCCGAGGAGAUUGACUAUCACGAGGCCAAUCUGAACAAGCUCAGCGACGAUGAGCUGGCCAGACACAAGGCCCGGAUGAAUUCCAGUUUCCUGGCCAACCAGAUGAAGCCUGGUGACAAUGGCUACGUCUACGAUGCCUCUUGACAGCACGUUGUUUUGGUUCCAAGCGUCAGUGUCAGGCGCUCCUCCCUGCUUUCCUUCCUCCUCCAGUCAUCUCCAGAUCAAUCACCUCCGCGCAUCGUCAUACAGUACCGUCGCUCAAUUUUUCAGGGUGGGGAUGUUCGAUAUAUGUUGUUUUGUUUUUCAUCAUUUCGCUUUGUACCGCCAGUAGUUGUUGGCCGGCACUUGGGCAAUCAGCCAGCGGAACAGGAAAGGAGUCUCUUGGCCAGCGGACGUGGGGAUACCAGGCACAACCAUUGUGCGGCCAUUCGGUAGCGAUGUUCGAUGUGUUUGGCGAUCUCCGAGUUUGAUUGAUGAUGUGUUUCGCGUGUCUCCGAGAACUAGCGAUCCACCGUGUGGGUAUGAUAUGGCCUGAUUGUGCUUCUUGUUCUGAUGUUAUUCCUGGAACAAGUGUCCAUCCCGCCCAACAGAAAGCCGACCAUCCUCUAA